GUACACUGGACAUUAUUUUAUAACCACUCUGCUCUACUCGUUUUUCCUGGGUUGCUUUGGAGUGGAUCGAUUCUGCCUGGGUCAUACCGGCACCGCCGUGGGGAAACUGCUGACGCUCGGAGGACUGGGGAUCUGGUGGUUUGUUGAUCUGAUACUGCUCAUCACUGGCGGGGGGGUGGCCCUUCUGAUGCCCAGCGAUGGCAGCAACUGGUGCACUGUGUACUGA